UCUCUGUUCUUCCAAUAUUUCAUCUUCUUCUUCUCGGCGGUGCACAAAAGCCAGAGAGGUUGAAGAAAAGAUUUGAGGUGAUCCACAAAGUGAAAUGCAAAAGCUAGGGUUCGAAGACGCGAGAUCCUACUACCCAAGCGGCACAGAGAAGCCGUACAGCGACCAGUCGUCGGCGACUAUCAAGAACAAAGCGUCAACGAGCAGAUACCACGAGGAAGAUCAACCUUACGUGGAGAUAUCGCUAGACAUCCACGACGACUACGUCUCCGUGUACGGCUUGACGUCACCGGACCAUACGGGCACCACCGGAUCACUUCUGAGACAAGACCCUUCAGGGAGAAGGAGCAGCAACUCGGGUCUGAAACGUAUAGCCUCUUCGGUUUCAACCAAACUUAAACGAGUUGCUUCCUCUGUCUCUGCUUCGUCCUCCUCGGCGGCGAGAAAGCCGCCGCUCCCGCCGCUGGCUAAGUUCCGGCGCUCGAAGUCUCGGGCAGAGCAAGCGCUCAAGGGUCUCAAGUUCAUCACCAAGACUGAUGGCGUCGCGGGUUGGCCUGGAGUCGAGAAACGGUUCCACCACAUCACCGUGAACACCUACGGUUUACUACACCGUUCGAGAUUCGGUGAAUGUAUAGGGAUUAAUUCAAAGGACUUUGCUUUGGCAUUGUUCGACGCGUUACGUAGGAGGGAAAAUGUAAGUGGAGAUUCUAUAAACAAGAGGCAGCUUGAAAAUUUUUGGAAGCAGAUCACUGAUCAGGAUUUUGACUCUAGGCUACGAAUUUUCUUUGCCAUGGUGGAUAGAGAUGCGGAUGGGAAGUUAAAUGAAGCCGAAGUAAAAGAGAUUAUAAGUUUAAGUGCUUCUGCAAACGAACUGGAGAACAUUCGGAGACAAGCGGAUGAGUAUGCUGCUUUGAUUAUGGAGACAUUAGAUCCCUAUCAUUACGGGUACAUCAUGAUAGAUAAUCUCGAGGUACUGCUGCUGCAAGCGCCGAUGGAGAAUAUAAGAGACGGGGAGACAAAGAACCUAAGCAAGAUGCUAAGUCAUAACCUCAGGAUAUCACAAAGUAGGAAUCUCGGGGAGCGUGUUUUCAGAGGGGUGAAGUAUCUUGUGUUGGAUAACUGGAAGAGAGUGUGGGUGAUGGCUCUAUGGAUAGGUGUUAUGUCCGGGCUGUUCACGUGGAAGUUCAUGCAGUAUAAGAAGAGAUCCCCUUACCAAGUUAUGGGAGUUUGUGUUUGUGUAGCCAAAGGAGCUGCAGAGACCCUUAAACUAAACAUGGCUUUGAUUUUGUUACCCGUUUGUAGGAACACCAUCACUUGGCUCCGGACCAAAACCGUGUUAAGUUCUGUUGUUCCUUUCGAUGACAGCCUCAAUUUUCACAAGGUUAUAGCAAUAGGAAUUUCAAUUGGAGUAGCAAUCCAUGCCACAUCUCACUUGGCCUGCGAUUUCCCCAGGUUGAUCGCUGCAGAUGAAGAGACGUAUGAGCCAAUGGUUAAGUAUUUUGGGGUACAGAGAAAGAGAUAUAUGGACUUUGUGCAGUCUGUGGAAGGAGUUACAGGGAUUGCAAUGGUUAUACUAAUGACUAUAGCCUUCACAUUGGCUACACCAUGGUUCAGACGCAAUAAGCUCAAUCUUCCUGGACCAUUGAAGAAAAUAACAGGCUUCAACGCCUUCUGGUACUCUCACCACUUGUUUGUUAUCGUCUACUCGCUCCUCAUUGUUCACGGAUACUAUGUUUACCUAAUCAAGGAAUGGUCCAAGAAAACGACAUGGAUGUAUUUGAUGGUACCAGUCGUUCUUUACUUGUCUGAAAGGUUGAUUCGUGCGUUCAGAUCAGGCAUCGAGGCUGUUUCAAUACUUAAGGUUGCUGUAUUACCAGGGAAUGUCUUGUCGCUUCAAAUGUCAAGACCGAGCAACUUCAGAUACAAAAGCGGACAAUACAUGUACCUCAACUGUUCUGAAGUUUCUUCAUUAGAAUGGCAUCCAUUCUCAAUUACCUCGGCUCCAGCAGAUGAUUACCUGAGUGUCCACAUUAGGGUAUUAGGAGACUGGACUAAGCAAUUAAGACAACUAUUCUCUGAGGUGUGUAAGCCACGCCUUCCUGAUGAAAACAGACAGAACAGAGCCGACCCGAGGCUCCUGAAUAACAUUCCUAAUUUUCCAAGAAUCCUAAUCGACGGUCCAUACGGAGCACCAGCACAAGACUACAAGAAUUUCGAAGUUGUUCUACUUGUGGGUCUAGGAAUCGGAGCUACUCCAAUGAUAAGCAUUGUCAAGGACAUUAUCAAUAACAUAAAAGGCAACGGAGAUAUAGAAGAAGGACGAAACAGUAACCGAAGACAGUCACCGAUUCACAACAUGGUCACACCUCCUCUUUCCCCAGCGAGAAGAAGUGAGACGUUUAGAACCAAGAGAGCUUACUUCUACUGGGUCACAAGAGAGCAAGGAUCUUUUGACUGGUUCAAGAACGUGAUGGACGAAGUGGCGUUAACAGACCGCAACAAGGUCAUUGAGCUGCAUAAUUACUGCACCAGCGUCUACGAGGAAGGAGACGCGAGGUCCGCACUGAUCACGAUGCUCCAGUCGCUGAACCAUGCUAAGCAUGGAGUGGACGUUGUGUCAGGGACACGUGUCAUGUCCCAUUUCGCUAGGCCAAACUGGAGAAGUGUUUACAAAAGAAUCGCUGUGAAGCAUCCUAAGACUAGAGUUGGAGUGUUUUAUUGCGGAGCAGCUGGAUUAGUUAAAGAGCUGAGACACUUAGCACUGGAUUUCUCUCAUAAUACUUCCACCAAGUUCUGUUUCCAUAAAGAAAAUUUCUAA